AUGGUGGCACGGAUACAUGCAGAAAGGCUCCGUGUCACGAUCGGUUAUGAGGGUUUGUUCUAUGUAGACAAUGACGGGAGGAGUGGUGGUAUGGCAUUACUUUGGAGGAAGAAUAACUCAGCAUCGUUGUUGGGAUAUUCUAAACAUUUUGUGGAUGUGGAGUAUGAGAAGAGAGGAGGGAAUCCUUACCCAAAUCACCUCUUACGAGGCUUUGGGGAGGCCCUAGAUGUUUGUGGCUUGAUACAGUUGCCUAUGCGAGGCCAUCAGUUUACCUGGGAGAAGAGUAGAGGGACGGAAAAUUGGAUUGAGGAGAGACUGGACAAAGUUUUAGCCACAGCGGACUGGUGUGGACUAAAUAAUCAUGUGGAUGUGGAAAACAUCAUACCCCGACCUUCAAAUCACUCAGCACUUUUCCUUAGUAUAGAUGCGCCACGCAUCCGAGGGGGGAGAUUUGCAAGACGAUUUAGAUUUGAGAUGGCAUGGCUCCAGGAUGAGGGGUGUAGAGAGGUGGUGACUACGGCGUGGCAGGGAGGGAGGGUUGAGGGGUUGCUGAAUUGUCAGCAGCGGUGUGGGGAGAGGUUGAUGAGGUGGGGUGGAGAGAAAUUUCAUAAGUUUGGAGAGCGUAUUGGGCAGUUGAAAAAGAGACUGGAACUGCUCAUGAACAGGAGAGACCCGGCCGCAUUGGCUGAGUUUCACCAAGUUGAUGUUCUCUUAACCCAGCUGGAGGCGCAGGAGGAUGUGUUCUGGAGACAGCGGGCCAAGCAGCACUGGCUUCGCAAUGCAGAUGCGAAUACGAGAUUCUAUCACAGGUAUGCUUCUGCUCGUAAGAAAAAGAAUACUGUGAAUAGAAUUAUGAAUAAUGAUGGUGUGUGGGUCGAGGGGAAUGAUAUGUGCUCUGUUAUCCUUGAAUAUUUUCAACAAAUUUUUACAACUGAGAGUACUGUUUUUGAUGAUGCUAUGAUUGAUAAUUUUGUCCCGCGAGUAACGCAUGCUCAGAAUGAAUCUUUGUUGCGCCCGUUUGUACCGGAGGAUGUGAAAGAGGCAGUAUAUUCUAUGUAUCCUGACAAAGCGCCUGGCCUGGAUGGAAUGAAUCCAGGCUUCUACCAGCACUUCUGGGAUGUAGUAGGGGGGGAUGUGUCUGAUUUUAUAAUAUCAUGUUUGAAUACAGGCAAUCUUCCGGAUGGUAUAAAUGAUACAAACAUUGUUUUAAUCCCAAAGAAGGCGAUGCCGGAGAGGGUGGCUGAUAUGAGACCGAUUGCUCUCAGCAAUGUUAUUUAUAGGGUAAUGGCGAAGAUGAUAACGAAUAGGAUGAAGCCACUUAUGGGAAACUUGAUCUCGGAGUCUCAAAGUGCGUUUAUCCCGGGCCGCCUGAUCACAGAUAAUAUUCUUGUUGCAGCAGAAGUGGGGCAUUAUUUAAAUAGAAAGCAAUGUGGGCAGGUAGGAUGGAGUGUUUUAAAGCUUGACAUGUCAAAGGCUUAUGACAGGAUGGAGUGGUCUUUUCUGCAGAGAAUGAUGUGCGCUAUGGGUUUCGAUCAGCGGUGGGUUACCCUUAUAAUGCAUUGUGUCACAACUGUGAGGUAUACGAUUAUGGUAAACGGAGUGGCAGGUGGACAGAUAGUACCUACACGAGGUCUCAGGCAGGGGGACCCUCUAUCUCCCUACUUGUUUAUUAUUUGUGCAGAGGGGCUCUCCAUGUUGUUACAGAAAGCGCAGUUGGAUGGGGUGAUCCAUGGCUGUAGGGUGGCAAGAGGGGCACCGGCGGUGUCCCAUCUAUUUUUUGCAGAUGAUAGCCUGCUUUUUUUCAAAGCUAAUAUAGAGGAAGCUGGUGUAAUUAAACAAUGCUUACACCAAUAUGAGAGGUUGUCUGGCCAAAAAGUGAAUUAUGACAAGUCAAAUAUUUGUUUCAGCAGAAACACCCAGGAGGAAAUAAGGGGGGAGGUGGCGGCAGUUUUAGGGGUAAGUCAGGCGGCUAAUUUUGGGAAAUAUUUGGGACUCCCAUCUUUUGUAGGCAGAAAUAAGAGAGCUAUUUUUUCCUAUGUGGAGGAUAAAAUCAGGCAGAGAAUUGGUUCCUGGAGUAAAAAGUUGCUUUCUCAGGCUGGUAUUGGUGGGGAUCUGGAACGGAGAGGAAAAUACAUUGGAAGGCUUUGGGAUAAAUUAUGCAUCCCUAAGAAGUAUGGGGGUCUGGGAUUUAAAGACCUACGAGCUUUUAAUUUGGCAAUGCUGGGAAAACAGGCAUGGCGUUUUCUCACAAACCCCGGCACUUUGGUGGCAAGAAUAUAUAAAGCCAGGUAUUACCCGAAUACAUCUUUUGUUGAUGCUACCAUAGGAAAUUGCCCAAGUUUUUGCUGGAGAAGUAUAAUGGCUGCGCACGGAAUGGUUUGUUCAGGGGUAAGGAGGCGUGUAGGGAAUGUACAAAAAACAUUAAUAUGGGGGCAUCCCUGGCUACCAGAUAAUCCCAGUCCGUUGGUCCAAACAAUAAUGCCCCAGGAGUUGCGACAUGCCCAUGUAGCAGGAUUGAUUGACCAACAAACUAAUACCUGGGAUCCACAUAUUCUGACUGAUUUAUUUAUUCCUGAGGAUGUCACACGUAUUUUAAUGAUCCCUGUUAGCCCCGAAUAUGAAGACACUUGGUACUGGAAGGGGGAGAUGAAUGGAAUAUAUUCAGUUAAAAAUGCCUAUAGGCAGAUUAAGGGGGAUUAUGUGCAUAACCCAGGUGAUUUUGAUAAAUGGGUUACUAUGUGGAAAUUGAAAGUGCCACCCAAAUGGAAGACCUUUUUGUGGAAAGCAGUCUGUGGUAUCCUCCCUACUACGGACAAUCUAAUAAUGCGACGAGUUGAGAUUGAUCUGCUGUGCCCAAUGUGCCAAGGGGCGCAUGAGAACAUCAUGCAUGCGUUACUCGAGUGUGACUAUUCAAAAUUAGUGUGGGGUAUGUCGGGGUUGCCGGUUACCAAUAUACAUACUAAUUCAUUGCCGACAUGGCUUAUGGGAAUUUUUAAUGUCUUGACAGAGGAACAGUGUGGCCUAGCAGUGGCGAUAUUAUAUGCUAUUUGGAGUACCCGCAACAAGGCGGUAUGGGACCACGCCCUCCCAAGACCGACGGACACAUGGAAUCGAGCGGUGGCGGCCAUGCAGGCAUACCGACGUGCGCAGCCCGGCCUGUCGGCACGGACACUUACUGCCGUGAUCAGUCAAGCCACUGGCGGUGUACCUCACUGCUACGUAGACGCGGGUUUCAGGCCGGAUACGGGAGAAGCAUCCUAUGGUGUAGUUCUCGUCUCACAACAUGGAUCGUUUGUUGCGGCAAUGAAUGGACGGCUCGCGGGUGCUUUCUCGGCUACUAUGGCCGAAGCACUGGCCUGUAAGGAGGCGCUCUCUUGGCUUAGGAAUCGGGACAUCGUGGAGGUGGACAUGUUGACGGACUGCAUGGAAUUACAAAAUAUGAUGCGUACAAGCCACACGGCUAACUACUCCUACCUUGGGAUCAUUCUUCUUUAG